AUGCUUUUGUUCCGGGGGUGAAAUACAACUUCCACAUCUAUGGCUCUGUUGCUAAUAGAGCCUCCUUACUGGAGAAGAAGACUGGUUAUCUCAGGGAGCUACCUCCUCUGUUUGACCCUAUUGUGGAAAAAGUUGAACUGACUUUCAAUGCAGUGACACUGUCUUGGGAUUCUUAUCCCACAAAUGAGUCACAGUCUGGUUUUGUAAGAGGCUACCAUGUUUAUGUGUCACCUACACAAGGGAACUGCAGUUUGAAAGGAUCCAAAAAACAUGUUCUUCCAGGUGACUCAGUGCUAUGUAAAUACACAAUUGAAAACCCGGAAGAAAAAAGAUACACUGUGAACCACCUAUUGUCAAACACAAAAUACAAACUAGUGGUUAAAGCAUAUACAGGAGGAGGAGAGACUCCCAUUGGUAACUUUAUAUACAUAGAUACACCGUAUAACUCAAACAUGCUGUACCUUCUAGUCCUGCUAGUGAUAGUUCCAUCACUAGUAGCAGCUAUAUGCCACUGGAAAGUGAAGUGGGUGAAGGAGUGUUGCUGUCCUGUAAUACCCAGUCCUAACAAAAGCACAGUGCUGUCAUUCAAAGAAUUUAAGAUCGGUUCUGAGAAAGUAUUGAAAAUAAGUGACUGCAUUCCUGACACGCUAGCACUCGACAAUAAGGCCGAAGCCCAGAAGUUACAGCCGUGGAGCCAGUUGUCUUCAAUGCCAACAGAAGAGAAGAUUGAUGGUCACAGUUCUUCCUGGGUUUACCCUAAUAAAAAUGAAGAGAAAGACUUUACACCCACACCUACACCUCAGACUCAUACCUGGUUUGAAAAUUUUGCUUAUUCUUCUCAUCUUGCAGCCGAAUCUGAUCCCUAUGAAAUACUGACGCCACUAGAAGCAAGCAAGCCAGAACUGUCAGUAGCGCUGUACCAGCCACACUACUACUUCGAUCUUUUUAAUGAAGGUGCUGCCUCAACACCCAGAGAAACAGCUGGCAGAAAGACCAGCCUGAGAUAUAUUUCACAAACAGCUGUGCACUGCCUAGGGAGAAGGCUUUGA